AAUUUAUGGGUCAUUUCGGUAAAUCCAUCCCAUUUCCGUAAUUCGCAUCACCGGAAGUAAUAUAGCGGAGUGGCGCAAAAGUCGAAUUUGAAAUCUAGGAAGUUACUUGGAGAGUCGCAACAGCAGCUAUAUGAAAAAAAGCUGUGUGCCACAGUAGAUCAGCAUGGUUGUGAUGAAGGAUAUAUUUCAACACUGUCAGAGUGGCAUGCAGUGCCAUGGAAAACUCUUGAAGGAAAUGCAGAAAAUCUAUGACAAGACUGAAAUAGAAAAGUUUUGGCCAGAGUUUAAGUUCUACAUGAUGUACUCCAUGAUUAUACAACAACGAGCGCCAUCUGUAGAGCGAACCGUUGAUUUCAUUGCCAAAUUUGUCACCAUAACCACCCCCAGUGUUCCAGAGCCGCAAGAUCAAAAUGACUCAGUAGGGGAUGAUGUGAACAACAACAUCCUACUGCAGAAAAUGCUGGAUUUCUUGUUAGAGAACCACUCAGCCAAUGAUAAGGCGGUGCGUUUUCGAAUCAGUCAGCUGAUCCACAAGAUUUUAGAUAAUUUGGGAGAGGAUGCCAAGAUUGAUGAUGAUCUGUAUGAUAAGAUAUACGAGUGCAUGCUGGAGAGGCUGCGGGACAAGAUACCUAUUGUGAGGAUUCACGCUGUGUUAGCCUUGACUCGAUUACAGAAUCCUCGUGAUGAGAACUGUCCGGUCAUUAAGGCUUACGUAUUUCUUAUGAACUCUGACCCUAACCCAGACGUCAGAAGAAUAGUGCUCUCGAAUAUCGCCCCUUCUGUGAAAACCCUUCCAGCCAUUAUGGCACGAACAAGAGAUGUCCGAGACAUUGUGAGACGAACAGCCUAUACUGUGAUGGGAGAGAAAAUUCACAUCAAGGCCCUGUCAAUCGCAAACAGAGUCCGUCUCCUUCACGAUGGUUUAACAGACAGAUCAGAAUCUGUCAAGACUGCUUGCUCCGGAAAACUACUGCAGAGGUGGCUACGUACAUUUGGUGGAAAUGUGUUGGAGUUGUUAGGAAGUCUAGAUGUGGAGAAUUCGACGGAGACUUGCGAAUUGGUUCUAAAGACAUUAUUAAAGGAAGCCCCCCUACCAGAAGUCGUGCAGAAGUUCGAUAUCCUAGAUGACAAGGUCCUGAUUCCCUUAGACAAGCUGACCAGCGAGAACUCGGCUUAUUGGCAGGCAGUCUGUAAACAUGUACACUCACUAGGUGUGGAUGGAGACGAGUUUUUGGACAAAGUGCUUCCUAAUUGUCUGGAGUUCUGCCAAUACAUUAGGCAAUAUGUGGAGACCCUGAAAGAGAGCACAGACAUAGACACACAAAUGGAGAAAGAGUUCAUCAUACAACAGCUGUUGUCCAUGAUACAGUACAUGGAGAUGGCAGAUCAAUCAUCUCGUAAAGCAGUGGAGAAGCUACUUCAUGAACUGUUGAUCAUGGACCAUGUCAGUCACAGCCUGGUGAAGUGCAUCAUUGAGCCUCUCUGUAAGAUUAAUUCCAAGUCUACCAGUCUGGUUCCGGUCCUGGCUGAGAUCAUAUCAGAAAUUCGUGAACCCAUCACAACUGUGGAAAAGGGACCCACAGAGGACGACCGCAGACAAAAUGACAUUAAGAUAGCGAACAUUCGAGUGAAGCUGAAUGAACUGAAGGAGUCAUUGGAUGAGAGUAUACGGAGUCAGGACUUUUCUCUUGCAGCCGAGAUCAAACGGAACAUCUCGGAGCUCGAGACUGAGAGGAACCAACUCUUGGAUCUCCCUCAAACACAAACAGAAGAAAUACGUACAGAGAGGACUGAUGUAGUCACUAUUCUAAAGUGUCAUGCAAUUGUAGCUGAGAUAUUAGAGGCUUUGUCUCUCACAAGUGUCAGCCCUACACUACAAAUGUUGAUAGAAUCUCUGAUUUUGCCUGGAAUUCAGAAUGAGGAUGGAAGGAUUAGAAAUCUAGCUGUAAAGGCCCUGGGACUUGCUUGUGUCAUCAGUAAAGACCUAGUCAUGCAGUAUUUACCAUUGUUCAUGCAAGCAUCUCAGAUAGAUGUUGAGCUGGUUCGCUGUACAGCACUGCGGGUCAUAUUUGACAUGCUUCACCUGCAUGGUUUGGAGGUCAUGCAAAGGGGGAGACAGGAUGACGAGACCUCGUCAACAUCAACCGCCGACAGCCUUCUGGAGAGGCAGGAGAGUGUUGAGGAUGGGAGCUCGGGGGCUGCAGCUGCCAAACUGGUGGCCAUUUUAUGUGCCUUUCUGGAUGAAGAGAGCUCUGAGCUGAGAACUGUAGCAGGUGAAGGCUUGGCCAAACUUCUGUUGUCCGGGAGAGUGGUAUCUUCUAAAAUCCUGUCCCAUCUCAUCCUGAUCUGGUACAACCCAACCACUGAAGAUGACACACAUCUCAGACAUUGUCUGGGAACGUUCUUUCCUAUUUACGCAUUUGCUGGAAGAGCCAACCAGGAGCUGAUGGAGGAGGCAUUUAUUCCCACUCUGAAGACUCUGAGGAAUGCCCCCCUGUCCAGUCCCCUGGCAGAGGUCAAUGCUGAAAACGUGGCAGAGUUAAUGAUCCAGCUGACCAACUCUAAACUACUGUUAAAAAACCAAAAUGAAUCGGAGAGUGUCAAGGAAAAUCUGAGACAUGACAGUCUAGCCAUAAAGAUUUGUAAUGAGAUUUUGUCCAAUCCUGACUCUUUCAAUCUCAAGCUGUGGGUUAAAAUUCUGAACAAGCUGGAGCUCAGUCAGUCUAAUGAUGAAGUGUUCAAAGAACUGGCUGUUUUGGCUGACCAACUGCUGGAGGUUGUCAAAGACAAGCUGAGUUUGAAGACACUGAAGAAAUUUUCUGAGCUUGUGAAAGAGAGAGUGCCAACUCCAGUUGCUGAAGAGGAAGUGAACCAAGAAACCACAGAAAAUAUGGAGACCGAAGUAGAAGAGACUACUCCUAAUCCUGAAAUGGAAAAGACAAGUGUGGGUGAUAGAACACAGGAGAAAUCUCAGAUGAACGACACAGCUUUACAUCUAGAUGGCUCACUCUUUCAAGAGUCAAGUACUCUUCGCCGAGUUCCUAGUAAAUCUGGAGGAAUUUCGCCAAAAGUUGGCAAUCCAACAUUGGAUCCAGCUGUUGCCAAGAGUCCUAUUGCAGCUCUGUUUUCUAAGACGUUUGACUUUAAGACCCCAGACAAAUCAAAGAAUGCCAAGGCAAAGUGUUCUCUCAACAUGACAGAGGAAAAUGAAGAGUCGGGUGCAGCAGAGGAAAGGAAAGAGAGAGAGGAGAAAACCGACAAGGAUGAAGAGAAAUCACCAGAAUUAAGGGGCAAUAAAAGGGGUAGAAAAUCACCCGAGCCUUCCACACCAGAGAGUAAGGGAAUAGCAGGUAAAAAGUCCAAGAAAACGCAAGAAACAAGUCCAACAAAGAGCAAAAAUGAUGAAAACUCACAGAAAGAAGUGAAAUUGAAAGGCAGGUCACAGAGCAAAAAGGCUGAAAAUAAAGGCAAAACUAAUACAAGUCCAUCUAGCACUGUACAGAGAAAUUCCAAAGGAUCUGUGGGCACAGGAAAAGCAGUAAAAGUUAAAGAUCUGAAAGGGAAGAAUAUGAGCCCUGUAGUGGUUUUAACAAGAACUGAAAACAGACAGAUUGAGAAGACCACAAACAAACAGGACAAUAAAGUUAGUUCUCCAAGAGUAAGAGGAAAGAGUGCUGAAAAUAAGAAAACAACUAGAACUAAUAAUAGUUCCAAGUUGCCUGAAAAUGUGAAGAGCAAAAAGACUGAGAAAGUAAAAUCACCAUCAGAAGAAGCAAGCUCUAAGAAGGACAAAGUCUUUAAAUCACCCAGGUCACCAUCUGUUAAGAAAAACACCAAGCCAGAAUCCCCUAAGUCAGAUGAGGAGGAUGUCCCCCUGAAGACAAGAAGAACACCAAGAUCUAGACAGUCUCAGUCCAUGACUAUGCAGAAGCCCGGAGACAAAACAUCAGGUGGAGAAUUGUCGAGAAAAGGUGGAGUCAAACAUAAUUCUGCCUCUAAAGAGAGUUUAAAUGAAUCUCCUCGAAAGCUGUUGAGAACACCAAAGCACACAGAUGUCAAAUCACCCAUGAGAGACACUAACAUCCCAAAGUCUCAGCCAGUUCAUACCUCACCAUCCCCGCACAACAGAGCAAGAUCCAGUGAUGCUGUCAGUAAGAUUAGAAAAGGUUCUCAAGAAGAUGAGAAUAAAGAAAGAAAGGAAUCGACAAAGAAAAGUGUCUCUAAGGAAUUAAGCAGUCCUGCUACAAGAAGUGGAAAGAAGCCUGCAUCAGCUACAGUGAUUGCCAGUCCUAUCAGUAAAAAUGUGAAAAAGUCUGCGGCAGCUGAUUUGGCCAAGUCCAAGAAAACAGUGUCUCCUCCUGUUAGUAGUCCAAGCAAAAGAACUCGAGCUGGAGCCAAUCUCUCUGAUUCCGAGUCAGAAUCCCCAAGAAUAAGAACAAGAAUGUCAUCUCCAGGAUCAAACAUAAACUCCCCAUCAGACUCAUCCAAAAGAAGCAAGAGGACAAGCACUGCUACAAGUCAGCCAUCACCAACAAGGUCAACCCCAGGAAGGUCAACUUCAGCAAGGUCAACCCCAGGAAGGUCAACCCCUUCAACUUCAGCAAGGUCAACCCCAGCAAGCUCAACUUCAGCAAGGUCAAGCCCAAGGCUUAAAAAGGCAGACAUGAAGGAAAAUAAAUCACCCAAUAAGAGAAGUACUCGAGAGGCUCCAAAAGAUAUAGUUCAACCAAAAAAGGCUAUUUCAUCUCAAAGUGUCAGGAGUAAAGCAGCACCUAGUCCACCACAGGCUAUCAGAUCUAAGAAAAUGGCAUCCAAGCCUGAUAGUGGUUCACAAAGUUCACCUUUGACGAGGUCUAGCAAACGGUCCACUCAAUCCUCUGUCAGCAGUCAGGAAAUCAUUAAAAAAGAUCAGGGUGUUUUGUCUGAAUCUUUCAACGUAUCCCCCAGACAUAUCACUAGAGCUUCCCUAGCAGAGGGGAGCCCAAAGAAGAAGACCAGUAGUUCUGAAAGUCCGGCAAAGAAGAGAUCCUCUCCGUCUCAGUUGGAUAAGUCACCAGUACGUGCCACCUGUCCAAAAAAAACAACUGCUCCUGCUACCACCAAGCUGAAGCAAACUCAAUCCACUACAGUGAGGCUGUCAGCUAAGAAGGCAUGGAAUGAGGACAGGAGCAAAAGUAAGAAAGUAGCUGAUCAAAAACCCAUGCAAAGGUCCACCCGAGUCUCCAAGAAGUAAUGAGAAGUUUGAUUUGUAGAAUAGAUCAGUAGGUUUUCUGGGAUUGUUAGACAGUUUAAACCGCAUUACAUUGUAGGUUCCUAACUAAAAGUUUGCAUUCAACUGUACUGUGACUAUAGUAACUCAGAAUUAUGUUUGAUUAUUGACCUCCACCAAUGUGUAUGUCCUUUUUUUUUUUUUUUUUUGGUAUUAAGGUUUAUACAUUAUGCCUGUAUUUGUUAAUUCAACUAAUGCUAAGUACUCUACAUUUGAACUAUAAACUGCCAACAUACAUUAGUUGGGUUGAUUGGAAGUGCAUCACCUUGUUUCCCAGAAGAUAACCCAGGAAAGAGUGGACCUAUCAAUCAAUUUGACCACUUCAAAAUAAGGUGGCAAAUUUUAUGAUCUUUAUUGAUUUUUGUGGUCAUUGGUCCAUGGCAAGAUGGUGUUUGUGAGUAAAAGAGUUGCGUCCCUUGGGAUGCAUUAUCUUGUCAUUGAAAGCCAGUUUCAAGUCAUUUUCUGUAAGCAAUGCCUAUUCUUAUCACUUUUCAUCUUUACACAAAUAUACCCUUGUGAUUACCAUUGAUGAGGAGUCAAUGUUAAACACAUUUAAAAUGCAGUUGUAAAAUUUUAGAAGCAUGUUAUAAAGAUGUCAAGAAAAUAAAUUAUUUCAUUUAGCAA